GAUGUAUUCCAAUCAGAACUUGGGUCAUAGUUGGGCCCAGCCUUGGUUUUCGGGACACUUUGAAGACAGUGAGAUCAUUCCUUGCGCAUCUAAUUACUAAGAUGAACACAACACUCAACUUUAGUGUUACACUACUAAAGCCUCUAUAUACCUGUGAAAGGCAUCCGUCAAACUGUCUCCUCACUUUAUUGUUCGUUAUCAGUGGACGCUUCUAGUCAAGCAACGCACAUCAAGCUACGAUCCAAAUUCCAUACAAUUCACAUCAUCUACAGCCGCAAGAAUAGAAGAAAUGGCAGACACACAAGAAGCUCCCAAGAAAGUCUUGAAGAAGACAAACAAAACUCCAAUCAAGAAGAAGCCUUCAACUCCCAAAGCAGAUACCUCUUCAGUACCUAGUGAGAAGCCAUCAGUUCCAAGUACACCAACAGCAAGUGUUCCAAAAGAUACCAGCGAUGUAACGAAAUCCGCAAAGCAGGGCUCUACCACCAAAGCCAAGAAAUUCGCACCUAAACUACCAGCAACACCACCAGCUGACAAAAAUAUACCACACCCUGAAGUGACAUCUCCUUCGCCAGCGCCAAAGUCUCAAAGCAAGCCGAAGAUUAAGAAAUUCAAGAAGCCGGUAGAGAAGCCUGAGCCAGUUCCUGAACCGGAAGAACAAGAGAAAGACGGCGAGCAAGACGACAACGAUGAAUCUGAGAAGGAGGAACCCCAGCCUGAGAAGCCAAAAUCUAAGCCGAAGAAAUUCUCAAAGGCUAAGAAAUCCGAGCCAGAGCCUCAGCCUGAACAAGACGAACCAGAGCACGAUGAGGAAGCAGAUAAUGAGCCUGAGCAGGAGGAAGAGCCUGAGCCAAAGAAGGAGGCCUCUCGACCAAAGAAAUUUUCGAAAACCAAGAAAUCUGAACCGAAGCCAGAGCCUGAAGAGCAAGAUCAGGAAUCUGAAGCCGAACCUGAAGCUGAACAGGAAGAGCCAGAGAAGGUAGAACAAAAGGAGGAAGCACCUCGACCAAAGAAGUUUUCGAAGACCAAGAAACCUGAACCAAAGCCAGAGCCUGAAGAGCCUGAAGAGCAAGAGCAAGAGCAAGAAUCUGAAGCCGAGCCUGAAGCUGAGAAAGAAGAGGCAGAGAAGGUAGAAAAGAAGGAAGCACCUCGACCAAAGAAAUUCUCAAAGACGAAAAAGUCCCAACCCAAGCCAGAACCUCAGAAUGAAAACGAAGAGUCUGAGGUUGAGGCUGAACAGGAAAAACCAAUCAAGGCAGAUAAAAAGGAGGAACAUGACGAAGGCAUCGAAAUGGCAGAUGGUGAGGAAGAUGAUGAAGACAAUGAAGAUCAAUUUGAACAUGAGGGUGAAGUUGACGACGUUUCGGAUGUCCAAGAUGACCAGGAACAAGAUGUCAGUGAUGAAGAAGAGGAUGAGGAAGAAGGAGAUGAUGAAGAUGAUGAGAACGAUGAUGAGGAAGAGGAGGAAAAUGAAUUAGCUGAAGCUAUUCCUGAUGUUCAACCGGAUGUUAUUACCUCAGCAGCUCCUAUCCCAGAUGACUUCAAAGAAAGUAUCAAGCCCCUCAAGUCGGUAAAUAAGUCUGAGCCUACCAAACAAGUCACAAAGUCUGUCGAAGACGCAAAAGACUCGGUCCCAGAGCCUGCAAAGGAAGCUGAUAAACGACCAAAGAAAUUCUUAAGCAAGGCUUCCAAGGCCGCCCAAAAAGGUCAAGGUCAAGUCAAUGGUGUUGCAAACGACAGCUCCAAGAAGGCACAAGACACUGUCAAUAGUGCACCUGGUGCUGAUCAAGCCAAGAACACUGCGUCUGGCGCAACUGACAAAGCCAAAGAUGUUGGAGAUGAAGCAUCUAAAGCAACCGAGGGAGGAGUUGAUAAAGUCAAAGGUUCUGCUGGACAAGUUCCAGACGCUGACCAAGCCACCAAUGCUGUUGAUGGGGCAACUUCCAAGGCUCAAGAUUUGGCGUCAAAGGCAAAGGACAAUGUUGAAAACGCUACCGGCGAUAUCAAAAAAGCUACACAAGACAAAACAGAUGAAGCAUCCAAGCUCGAUAGAGAUGCUGGUGACAAGAUCAAUGGUGUUGCAGAUGAUGUGAGGGGCAAAGCUUCAAGUACAACCGAUGGUGCAAAAGAUAAAAUUGACGAUACCAAAUCACAAGUUAACGGAGUCGCCGGAGAUGCUAAAGACAAAGUCGGAAGUGCCAAAGAUGAUACACAAGAGAAACUUGGCAAUGUCAAAGAUACUGCUGAGGAGAAGCUUGAUGGUGUCAAGGGCUCAACUGAUGAUGCCAAGGGUGGCUCACCAUUUACAGAUGAUGUCCAACAAACCAUAGGUGACAGUAGCGAGAAAGCUAAGGGUGCAUUGGGAGGAAUCCCUGGCACUGAUAAGGCUACCGACGCUGUGAAUGGAGUCAAGGAUCAAGCUGAGGGCGCGACAGACACUGCCAAAGACGUUCAAGUUAACAUUCCAAACAUUAAUGACAUUGUCGGCAAGAGUAUAUCUGUUAUCAAAGACGGAUACCUCUUUGAUGACCAAGGAAAUGUCAUUGGCCAAGCUACUUCCAACUUUUCAGGCAAGGCAAUUGGUUCUUUCAAAUCUAAGGAGCUGGAGGCCAGAGCAACACAUCAAGUUCAGUCUAUCGGUAAUAUUGAGAAACCAAAAGUCGAUGGCCCAUCAUUUGGAGCUUUAGGAUCUAUGUCCGGAACAUCAGGUCAGAAUGCAGAUGCUGGUGCUGCAAGUAGUCCAAGUGAAAUUUUCUUGGAUGUCAAGAGCACAAAUGAGGGGAUUAGUUUGCAAAUUAGAAUUCCUACUGCGUUCAUGAUGAGACCUGGUAAUUGAGGUCGGCGCUAUGGUUAUGGUAGGGUAAUAUUUUUUUUUGGAAUGGACGGAUAUUUCAGGUCAGGUGGUAAUGAGAAUGGAUGGAUUGGUACUUGGAUGGUUCGGUAUGGUUUAGGUUAUUUAAGUUUGUGUUUCAUUAGUUACUUCAGCACACGGAAUUUGUGAUUCAAAAGCCAGCGUGUUAUUUCAGCGUUGAAUAUCUAUGUAUAUGUAUCUUUAGCGUUUUACUCAAUAAAGAGAUUGAUAAUCUUCAUGUCUUGGUCUAACCUUCUAAAAUAACUUAAAACUCGCAUUCUUGCUGGAAUUAUGGGCUUGAUCUAGUUCUAGUCCAGUGAACAAGAUGAUGGAAAGUCCAUGUAUUCUUCUCCACUCAACACCAAUUAUUGUUACUGCUCCUCUACA